AUGCAAAGCGAGGGCGGCGGGAUGCGGUCCAACAGGGUGGAUGAGGCGCUGCAGCUGUUCGCGGCGCUGCAGGAGAAACUGCGGCUGGAGUCGCGCGAGGGCGACAUCAACCGGGUGGUGCGGGCGGCCAGCACAGAGCCGUCGCUGCGGCAGAGUGGCGGCGUGACGGGAGCCGCCGCACUGCCGCCGCCGCCGCCGCCGUCGACCUCCUCGUCGCGGCUUCGGCGGCCCGCCUCCGUGGCGGACUUGCAGCGAAAGCUGGAGGUGGCGGACGGCAUCAUGCGCCGGCUCCACGCAAAAAAUCAGCAGCUGCUGCAGCGCCUCGCCGCGGUGAGGCGGGCGGAGGAGGAGGCCACCGCGGGGGCCGUCGCGCAGCUGCGUGAGAGUCUGCAGCAGCGGGAGGAGGAGGUGCGACGGCUGCGGCACCGCCUCCGUGGGUCCGAAAAGCGGGCCGAGGGUUCCGGCAGGGGCGCUAGUGGCGGUGGUGCAGCUCUCACGCUGCUGAAGUUGCGUGUGAGGCAGAUGGAGGAGCAGUACAACCGCCUGCUGGAGACCCGGCUGACCGACGCCCUGGAGGAGAGGCCCGCCGAGAGAGUUGACGCCGAGCUGCGGGAACUCGUUGUGCUGCUGAAGAGCCGGCUCCUCGCCGACGCACGCCACCACGAGGCGGAGGUGCUGCUGCUGAAUGAGGCCCUCUUGGAGUCCGAGCGGCGCCUUGCCACCGCGCCGGGUGCGUAG